AUGAAGAAAAUAAAGAUACUUAAACAAGAAAUACAAAAAUGGAACUGGAGUGUAUUUGGUGAUAUCAAUAAGCAACUCAAAGAUGCGGAGGAAAAAGUUUUACAAGCUUCAAUAAAUUCUGACAAAAAUCCAAUGGACCUCCAACUAUUGAAUAACUUAGUGACUGCAAGAGGAGAGCCUGAAGUUCUUUCAGAUAAACAAAGGGAGAUCCUGCAGAAAAAUUCAAGAGUCAAUUGGAUUAAAGAAGGAGCCUCUAACUCAAGAUUUUUCCAUGUAAAUCUAAAGAUAAGACAGGCCCAAAAUGCAAUAGUGGAGCUGGAAAAUAAAGAAGGUAACAUCAUAUCAAAUCAAAAUCUUAUAGUUGAAACUUUAAUAGCUCAUUUUGAAGACAAGUUCAAAUUUCAAGAAGGAAAUUUUUCUCCUGGGAUUUUUCAAGAUAUUCCCAAAGUUAUUACUGAAGAAGAUAACCAAAUUAUGGAUGUUAUUCCAUCUUAUGAGGAAAUAAAAAGAGAUGUCUAUGAACUGGAUCCUGAUAGUGCUCCAGGUCCUGAUGGUUUUGCAGGAUGGUUUUACAGGUAUGCUUGGGACAUAAUUGGGAUAGAAUUAGUUGAUGCAAUCAAGUACUGUUGGAGGGGUGGAUUUAUUCCUCAAGGUUUCAAUGCAAACUUUAUUCUUCUUCUGCCCAAAGUGAAAAAUGCUAAAAGAACUUAA